AUGACUCAAGAAGACGAAAAUGUUACGGAAGAAAAUCCUAAUAUUAAUGAAUUUAAUGAGGUUACCAGUAAGCCCUACAGAAUAACAAUGGAAUUUCCUCUCUUUUUUACUAUAUUAUCUGUAUCUCUCUCAGGUGCAGCAAUAAGUAAUAUAUUACUCUAUCGUACCUGUUUACAUUCGUGUAACCAUAAUGAAACAGAAUGCCAGGUAUUCCUGUCACCUGUAAAGAAUAAUGGUUCUCAACAGUUGGAAGAAGAAGUUCAAAAGUAUGCAGCCUUUGUGUCAAUGGUCAGGACAAUUAUAGAGUCUUUGGCUCCAGCCGUACUGUCUCUCUUUCUUGGUGUCUGGUCUGACACUUAUGGGAGGAAACCUUUAGUUGUAUGGCCGUUACUUGGUAUGUCGAUUAGCAGCGGUUUGGUUGUGGUGUAUAGCAUGAUGGAUAAUCUAGGCCCGUGGUGGUUUAUCCUGACUGUGAUACCUAUGUCAAUGUCGGGGGGUUUUACGGCUCUGUUCACCGGAGCCUUUUGUUACUUAAGUGAUAUUACGUCUAAGGAAAAACGAUCUCUUAGGAUGACUAUAGUGGAAGCAUCCGUCUCCGUUGGGAGUGUUAUUGGGUCUCUAGUGAGCUCAUACCUCCUACGGGCUGUGGGGAAUGUAUACUUGCUCCUAAUAACUGCUUCACUCUGCGUUAUUGCCUAUGUAUUUACGAAUUGUUGUCUGGAUGAAUCGCUACCUGGGGCAAAAAAGGGUGGACUAAAAUCUGUUCUAGACUUCAAACUGAUAAAAUCCAUGAUAUCGGAGUGCUUCAAAGAGCGACCGAAUUAUACCAGAGCCCAGAUCUUACUUCUAACAGUAGCAAACAGCCUGUCCAUUUUCAUUUUAUACGGGACGAUGAGUUUAGGCUACCUAUACACGAGGCAGAAGUUGCAUUGGGCAAUACAACAGUACACAGUAUAUUCAGCUGCCAGCACGACGAUAUCUUUCUUCGGGUCGUUCAUUGGUGUCGUCCUUAUACAAAGGCUCUUCAAAGUGACCGAUUUGGCGUUUUCGAUUGUCGCGUUUCUGUCCUCGGCGGCGGAGUAUCUCAUCAAGGCGUUCGCUGUUACGUCGUGGCACAUGUAUUUGGCGGCGGGCAUAUCGUUAUUUAGGGAUCUAUCAGCACCACUGAUUCGUUCCAUGAUAACAAAGAUACUCCCGGCGCAGGAUAUAGCGAAGGUUUUCGCGUUGAUGUGCGCUAUAGAGGGCGUCGCACCACUCAUAUCUCCGGCGAUGUACAAUUCGCUGUACGCGUACACGAUAUCAACUUUCCCUGGCGCAAUCUAUAUUCUAUGCGCAGCGAUAACUGGGAUCUGUGUGAUGUUUUUGGGAUUCGUGCAAUACUUCAGAUGGAAAAUGUCGUCUGUUACAUAUCAAAAUUUGACUAAUGAAUAA